GCCAGCCCGGGACACCAAGGACCAAAAUAUAGGAAUUCCACGUGACAUGGAAAACUUGCAACUGUUUCCAGAAUUCUGAUACUGUAUUUACACUUCAAAGACAUAUUCGUGAUGGUGUGGAAACAACAUGUCUCUCAGCUCGCGUUCUGCGAAGUCCAACUAGAGAACAGGUCCCAACCCGCAGUCCCCGUGGAAUCAAUAAAGGAAAUGCAGCAAAAGCUGAAAGAGGAGCGUGAGGCUAAGAGAGCUCAGCUGGAUGGCAGACAUGACUACGUCCUCAGCAUCGUGGCUUCCUGCCUGGGCCUGGAGAAGGCUGACGUAGAGGAUGCCAUUCUGGAGGGAACUCAGAUUGAACGCAUGGAGCAGUUCUUUGUGGCUGAGGGACUUCCUCAUAUCAUGUUCUACUAUCAGGAUGUGGAGCCAGCUGAAGCAGGUGAGAUGAUUGCAGCAUCAGCAGCUGUCUUGGCCCUCAACCGGAGUAAGAAGGCCAAGGUAUUUGUCACUGAGGGCAAAGAUGUGGCUCUGACUGGUGUCUGUGUGUUCUUCACAAGAGCCAACCUCUCCAAGGCUAUCACCUCUGAGAAUGUGCACAGGGAGGUGAAUUUCAACAUGCUGGACACCACAGAGGUAGGCCUGCUUAAAAGUGUGGAGCAGCUGAUGUCUGAGAUCUUCAUACCCAGCCUGAAGAAGAUGGACCAUGGCUGGGGAGAGCUGGCCAGCCCACAGGCCCAGUCAGUUAAACAGAAUUUCAUCAGCUCACUGGACAGCUUUGUGUCUGUGCUGGCCGGGGCGCAGGAGAGCCUGCAGGAGAAGGUGAAUCUAAAAGUGUGUGACGAAUUUGACCUGAAGACACUGAAAGGCCCGUCUGACUACAUUGCUGUGGCUAACAGCGCAGAGGCAACAGAGAAGAUAGAGGCCUGUAUGAAAGUGUGGAUCAAACAGAUUGAACAGGUGCUGGCUGAGAGUGACCAGCUGAGGAAGGAGGCAGAUGACCUGGGGCCGCGGGCCGAGCUGGACCACUGGAAGAAACGCAUGUCCCGCUUCAACUACCUCCUGGACCAGCUGAAGAGCCCCGAUGUCAAAUCUGUCCUGGGCGUUCUCAUGAUGGCCAAGUCAAAACUCAUCAAGUCCUGGCGAGAGCUGGACACCAGGAUCACUGACUCAGCCAACGAGGCCAAGGACAAUGUGAAGUACCUCUACACUCUGGAGAAGUUCUGUGACCCGCUCUACAACAGUGACCCUGUGUCGAUGGUAGAGGCCAUUCCAGGCCUGAUCAACGCCAUCCGGAUGAUCCACAGGAUUUCCCGCUACUACAACACCUCAGAGAAGAUCACCUCCCUGUUUGUCAAGGUUACCAACCAGAUGAUUACAGCAUGUAAGACUUACAUCACCAACAACGGGUCUGCGUCCAUAUGGGACCAGCCUCAGGGUGUUGUAGCUGAGAAACUGAAAGCUGCUAUCCACCUAAACCAGGAGUACCAGAAGUGCUUCCACAAGACCAAGAAGAAGCUGGAGCAGAGUCCCUCCGAGAGGCAGUUUGAUUUCAGUGAGAUGUACAUCUUUGGGAAGUUUGAGACGUUCCAACGACGCCUCUAUAAGAUCCUCAACAUGUUCAGCACCAUCACUACCUACUCAGCCCUACAGGACUCCAAGAUAGAAGGCCUGGAAACUAUGGCAACCACGUUUCAGAGCAUUGUAUUGAGCAUAAAGAAAAAGCAAUACAGUUUCCUUGAUCAGAGAAGAACAGACUUUGAUCAGGACUAUGAUGAGUUUUGUAAAAAUACCGCUGCCUUGCAUAAUCAGCUAAAGACCUUCAUGGAUAACACAUUCGAUAACAUUCAAAACACAGAGAGGGCUUUGAAUGUACUGAAGAAAUGUGAAAGACUGGGCAUCCCAGACCUGGGCAUCGAUGAGAAGUACCAGCAGAUCCUUCAGAACUAUGGGAGAGACAUAGAGAUGGUGUCCCGUAACUACACCAAGCAGAAGAUGGAUCCCCCCAUUGGCCGGGACCUGCCCCCGGUAGCCGGUAAGAUCCUGUGGGCCCGCCAGCUGUACCGGAGGAUCCAGGAACCCAUGGAUCUGUUUCAGGAAUCCCCUGGGGUGCUGGCUACGCCCGAGGCCAAACGCAUCAUCAGGAACUACAACAGGGUGGCCAGGGUGCUGCUAGAGUUUGAGAUGCUCUACCACAGUGGAUGGAUGAAGCAGAUCGAGGAGGUCAGACUGGGCCUCCAGGCCUCUUUGCUGGUCAAAUGUCCCGAUACGGGGGACCUGUUUGUCAACUUUGACCCUCAGAUCCUGACUCAGAUUAGGGAGACAGACUGCAUGACCAGGAUGAGGCUGGAGAUUCCUCCCUUUGCAGCCAUCUUACAGCAGAAACAAGAUGCCCUCAAGAAGAACUACAACAAGCUGCAGCUGGUUCUGACGGAGAACGCCAGGGUCCGGGCUAAGAUCCAGAGUGCCUUUGGGCAACUGGUGAUGCCUCAUGUUGCUAAGGUAGACGAAGCUAUUCUGCCAGGCCUGACCUCCCUCAACUGGACCUCACUGAACAUCGAGAAAUACCUCAGCCGCAUCAACAGUGCUCUCACGGACCUGGAGCUGCUAAUGGACAGAGUGAAUGACCUGGUGGAGUUCAGGAUAGACGCUGUGCUGCAGGAGAUGAGUGGAGCCACACUGUGGGUUCUGCCCCUGGAGGAACCUUUCAGCUGUGAAGAGUUCAUUCAGACCACCAGGGAGCUGUGUAUACAGGGAGCUCAGAGUCUCCAUGCCAAGAGUUCCCUGGUGGAGGAGGCAACCAACGAACUCAUCAACAUGCUGCUGGAGUUUGAGCUGAACAAGGAGGGGGACGAGGAACUGCAAGAGGAGAGCAGGACUGAUAUGGACCUAGUGGAGAGUGAAGGGGAGGAGGGUAAGUCAGAGGGUCGCAUCAACCUGCUGUCUCGUAACACCACGGCAGCGAGCAUCACAGGCCCCCCGUCUCCCCUGGUGAAGAGGAAGAAGAAGAAAGACCUACUGGAGGUGAUGGAGGAGGAGGCUGAAGAGCUUCUGUCCCACUUCAACCACCGUAACGUGGACGCCCUGCUGAGGCUCACACGCAACACCCUGGAGACCCUCCGCAAACGCCUCCACGCCUCCUCACUACUGCACUUCCUGACAGAGAGUGAUUCCCCCAGCCGUCUGAAGGGCAGUGGUCAGCAGCCUAUCUUCAGGACCAGUGUGACCCUGUCCAUCCCCAACAUCGCCAUGGUCCCAGCCCUGGAUGAGGUCCAGCAGGCUCUGAACCGGGCUGUGGAGAGUGUGGUCAGUGUUAGCAAAGGAGUCGGCCAGUGGAGCAAGGAGAGGAUCUCCAAGAGGAAGAUGAGUGAGAGAGGCAUGGCUGCUCUGAGACAGGACAAGAGUGACAGUGAGUCAGAGGACGGAGAGACCACCUACAGGAGCCUGGCUGAUGGCAGUACCUCAGACAUCUCCGCCUCUGUGACCCAGGCCAUACCCUACCAGGCCAGGAACUACUACAAGAGUGUGUCUGAGAACAAGGAGAUCAUCAAGCUGGUGUCUGUGCUCAGCACCUCCAUCAACUCUACCAAGAAGGAUGUGGUGAAUGCUCUGGACCGCUUCAGUCGUUACCACCACAUCUGGAGGAAGGAGCGAGAGGACACCAUCCAGAAGUUCAGCCAGGGCAGCCCUCUGCUGUCUGAGUUUGAGUCCCAGAUCCUCUACUACAAAGACCUGGAGCUGGAGAUCAACGCUGAGCCUGAGUACAUCACUGUGGGAGCUCUGGCCCUCUAUACAGCUGACCUGAAGAUGGCCCUGACUGCGGAGACUAAGAGCUGGAUGGUGGACUAUGGCCUGCACUGUAACAGGAAGUACCGGACAGAUAUGGAGAACAUCUUCACGUUAGUGGAUGAGGCGGCAAAGAAACUGAACCGACCAAUCAAAGACUUGGAUGACAUCCGCAUCGCCAUGGCAUCGCUGAAGGAGAUCAGAGAGCAGCAGAUCUCCAUUGACUUCCAUGUGGGACCCAUAGAGGAGUCCUAUGCCAUGCUCCAUAAGUACGGCCUGGUAGUGGCGAAGGAGGAGGCAGAGAAGGUGGACACACUGCGCUACACCUGGGAGAAGCUGCUAGCCCGCAGCACAGAGGUCCAGAAUGAGCUGGUGUCCCUGCAGCCCAACUUCAGAGGAGAGCUCAUAGACAAUGUGCAGACGUUUGUGGAGGACUGUGGACACUUCUAUCAGGACUAUGACAAGGACGGUCCCAUGGUUGUCGGACUGGCUCCCCAAGACGCUAGUGACAGUCUCAUCAUGUUUCAGAAUCGCUUUGACAAUCUGUUCCGUAAGUACAUCACCUACACUGGUGGAGAGGAGCUGUUUGGCCUGCCUGUGACCCAACACCCUCAGCUGCUGGAGAUCAGGAGACAGCUCACCCUCCUCCAGAAGCUCUAUGGACUCUACAACAGUGUCAUCGACACCGUCAACGGCUACUAUGACAUCCUCUGGGCCGACAUCCACAUAGACAGGAUCAAUGACGAACUUCUUGACUUCCAGACGCGUUGUCGCAAGCUGCCCCGUGCCCUCAAAGAGUGGAAGGCAUUCCUUGACCUGAAGAAAAGUAUAGAUGAGUUCAACGAGUGUUGCCCCCUACUAGAACUGAUGACCAACAAGGCCAUGAUGACGCGUCACUGGAAGAGAAUCGCCGAGGUGACAGGACACAGCUUCGAGGUGGAGACGGACACUUUCAAGCUGCGCAACAUCAUGGAAGCUCCGCUCCUCAAAUGCAAAGAGGAAAUUGAGGAUAUUUGCAUCAGUGCGGUGAAGGAGAGGGACAUUGAGCAGAAGCUGAAGCAGGUGAUUGCUGAGUGGGACAACAAGACGUUCACCUUCGCCAACUUCAAGACGCGAGGGGAGCUGCUGCUGAGGGGCGACAGCACCGCUGAGAUCAUUACUAACAUGGAGGACAGCCUCAUGGUGCUGGGAUCACUCAUGAGCAACAGGUACAACACGCCAUUCAAGCCCCAGAUCCAGAAAUGGGUUCAGAACCUUUCCAAUACCACUGACAUCAUAGAGAACUGGAUGACUGUCCAGAACCUGUGGAUCUACCUUGAGGCUGUGUUCGUGGGAGGGGACAUAGCCAAACAGCUACCCAAGGAGGCGAAACGCUUCUCCAACAUCGACAAGUCCUGGGUGAAGAUCAUGACGCGGGUCCAUGAGAUGCCCAACGUGGUGCAGUCAUGUGUGGGGGACGAGACCAUGGGACAGCUGUUGCCUCACCUGCUGGAACAACUGGAGAUCUGUCAGAAGUCUCUUACUGGGUACUUGGAGAAGAAGCGUCUGCUGUUCCCUCGGUUCUUCUUUGUGUCUGACCCGGCCCUGCUGGAGAUACUGGGCCAAGCCUCGGACUCCCACACCAUCCAGGCCCAUCUGCUCAACGUCUUUGACAAUAUUAAAUGUGUCCGCUUCCAUGACAAGAUGUACGACCGGAUCCUGGCCAUCUCGUCCAGGGAGGGGGAGACGGUAGAGCUGGAUUGGCCGGUGACUGCUGAGGGGAACGUGGAGGUCUGGCUCAACGCCCUGCUGAAGGAAUCCCAGAGGUCUCUUCACCUGGUCAUCAGACAGUCUGUCCUGGCCAUCCAGGACUCAGGCUUCCAGCUCAUUGAGUUCCUGGACACUUUCCCUGCUCAGGUUGGUUUGCUGGGAGUCCAGAUGAUCUGGACCAGAAACUCAGAGGAGGCCCUGACCAACGCCCGCUACGACCGUAAGAUCAUGCCCAAGACCAACCAGUUCUUCCUGGAGCUCCUCAACACCCUGAUAGACAUGACCACUAAAGACCUGGCCUCAAUGGAGCGGGCCAAGUAUGAGACACUCAUAACCAUCCAUGUUCACCAGAGGGACAUCUUUGAUGACCUGUGUCGGCUGCAUAUCAAAAGCCCUACAGACUUUGAGUGGCUGAAGCAGUGUCGUUUCUACUUCAAUGAGGACUCUGACAAGAUGAUCAUCAACAUGACUGACGUAGGCUUCAUCUAUCAGAAUGAGUUCCUGGGCUGCACUGACAGACUGGUCAUCACCCCUCUCACUGACAGGUGUUACAUCACACUGGCCCAGGCUCUGGGGAUGAGUAUGGGAGGAGCCCCGGCCGGACCUGCAGGGACGGGGAAGACUGAGACCACUAAAGACAUGGGCCGCUGCCUGGGGAAGUACGUGGUGGUCUUCAACUGCUCCGACCAGAUGGAUUUCAGAGGACUGGGGAGGAUCUUUAAAGGUCUAGCCCAGUCGGGCUCUUGGGGCUGUUUUGAUGAGUUCAACCGUAUUGACCUAUCAGUGCUCUCCGUGGCGGCCCAGCAGAUCGCCAUCGUGCUUACCUGCAAGAAGGAGCGCCGCAAGAACUUCAUCUUCACCGACGGAGACAACGUGGAAAUGAAUCCCGAAUUCGGCAUCUUCCUGACUAUGAACCCGGGCUACGCAGGUCGUCAGGAGCUUCCAGAGAACCUGAAGAUCAACUUCCGCUCAGUGGCCAUGAUGGUCCCAGACCGUCAGAUCAUCAUCCGGGUCAAGCUGGCCAGCUGUGGCUUCAUAGACAACAUAGAGCUAGCCAGGAAGUUCUUCACUCUCUACAAACUGUGUGAGGAGCAACUCUCCAAGCAGGUGCAUUAUGACUUUGGACUGCGAAACAUUUUGUCAGUUCUGCGAAUACUGGGGGCGGUGAAACGAGCGAACCCCAAUGACACAGAAUCUACCAUCGUCAUGAGGGUUCUCAGAGAUAUGAACCUGUCCAAGCUGAUAGAUGAAGACGAGCCAUUGUUCCUCAGCCUGAUAGAGGACCUCUUCCCUGGGAUCCAGCUGGAUAAAGCAGGCUUCUCAGAGCUGGAGACAGCUAUCGACAAACAGGUGGCGGAGGCAGGUCUGAUCAGCCACCCUCCAUGGAAGCUGAAGGUGAUUCAGCUGUUUGAGACCCAGAGGGUCCGCCAUGGCAUGAUGGCCCUGGGGCCCAGCGGAGCAGGAAAAACCACCUGCAUUCACACCCUGAUGAGAGCCAUGACAGACUGCGGUCAGCCACACAAAGAGAUGCGUAUGAACCCCAAAGCGAUCACCGCCCCUCAGAUGUUUGGCCGUCUAGAUGUAGCUACCAAUGACUGGACUGACGGCAUCUUCUCUACCCUGUGGAGGAAGACCCUGAGAGCCAAGAAAGGGGAGCACAUCUGGAUAGUACUAGAUGGACCAGUAGAUGCUAUCUGGAUAGAGAACCUCAACUCUGUACUGGAUGACAACAGGACUCUGACCCUGGCCAAUGGAGACAGGAUCCCCAUGGCCCCCAACUGCAAGAUCGUGUUUGAGCCCCACAACAUCGACAACGCCUCGCCUGCCACCGUGUCUCGUAACGGAAUGGUGUUCAUGAGCUCUUCUGUGCUCAACUGGAGCCCCAUUCUGGAGGGCUGGCUGAAGAAGCGUUCCCGUCAGGAGGGAGAGGUGCUGAGAGAGCUGUUCUCCUCUUCAUUCCCAGAGCUCUACCGGUUCACUGUUCGCUGUCUGGAGUACAAGAUCGACAUGCUGGAGGCCUUCGUCAUCAUGCAGAGCAUCAACAUGCUGCAGGGCCUCAUUCCCGCCAAGGAACAGUGUGGGGAGGUGUCCAGGCAGCAUGUGGAGCGUCUCUAUGUGUUUGCUCUCAUGUGGAGCAUCGGAGCUUUACUGGAGCUGGAAGACAGGAGGAAGAUGGAGAGCUGGCUCCGUGGCAACGACAACAUCCAUCUGGACCUCCCAGAUAUACCAUCAGAGAGCGAGGACACCAUGUUCGACUACCACGUCACUACAGGCGGUCAGUGGGUCCACUGGAACACACGGGUAGAGGAGUACAUCUACCCAUCAGACAUCACCCCAGAGUACGGAUCCAUCCUGGUCCCCAACGUAGACAAUGUCCGCACUGACUUCCUCAUCCAGACCAUCGCCAAACAGGGCAAGGCUGUGUUGUUGAUCGGAGAGCAAGGCACAGCCAAGACCGUCAUCAUCAAGGGAUACAUGUCAAAGUACGACCCCGAAACUCACAUGGCCAAGAGUCUCAACUUCUCCUCCGCCACAACUUCACUCAUGUUCCAGCGGACUGUGGAAAGCUUUGUGGACAAGCGGGUGGGCACCACCUACGGCCCUCCUGCAGGGAAGAAGAUGUCCGUCUUUGUGGACGACAUCAACAUGCCAGUCAUCAACGAAUGGGGAGAUCAGGUCACCAAUGAGAUAGUCCGCCAGCUGAUGGAACAGAACGGGUUUUUCAAUCUGGAGAAGCCAGGGGAGUUCACCAAUAUAGUGGACAUCCAGUUCCUGGCAGCGAUGAUCCACCCAGGGGGAGGCCGCAACGACAUCCCACAGAGACUGAAGAGGCAGUUCUCCAUCUUCAACUGCACCCUGCCCUCCAACACAUCCAUCGACAAGAUAUUUGGAGUCAUUGGGACAGGGCACUACUGUGCCUGGCGAGGCUUCACAGAAGAGGUGCGUGGAACUGUGGCCAAGCUGGUGCCUCUGACCCGUCGGCUGUGGCAAAUGACCAAGGUCAAGAUGCUGCCCACUCCGGCCAAGUUCCACUACAUCUUCAACCUCAGAGACUUGUCCAGAGUCUGGCAGGGCAUGCUCAACCCAACCGCUGAGUUGGUCAACUCUCUUACUGUGUUGCUUCAGCUGUGGAAGCACGAGUGUAAGCGUGUGAUCGCGGACCGGUUCACCAUGCCAGAAGAUGUAGCCUGGUUCGACAGGGCCCUGGCCAAGCUAGUAGAGGAGGAGCUAGGAGAGGAAGAGAGGGCUGUGGUCGACUUCGGAGUAGACAGCUACUUUGUUGACUUCCUAAGGGAUGCUCCUGAAGCUACAGGUGAGGAGCCAGAGGAUACAGACUUUGAGAUGCCCAAGGUGUAUGAGCCCAUCGAGUCGCUUGAGAGCCUGAUGGACAGGCUCAACAUGUUCCUUGGCCAGUACAACGAGAGCAUCAGAGGAGCUGGCAUGGACAUGGUGUUCUUCAGAGAUGCUAUGAUACACCUUGUCAAGAUCUCCAGGAUCAUCCGCACCCCCAGAGGGAAUGCCCUUCUAGUAGGAGUGGGGGGAUCAGGCAAGCAGAGCCUGACUAAACUGGCUUCCUUCAUCGCCGGAUACAAGACCUUUCAGAUCACACUAACACGUUCGUACAACACUGCUAACCUGAUGGAGGAUCUGAAGGGUCUGUACAGGACAGCAGGCCAGCAGGGAAAAGGCAUCAGCUUCAUCUUCACUGAUAACGAGAUCAAGGACGAGUCUUUCCUGGAGUACAUGAAUAAUGUGUUAUCAUCUGGGGAGGUGUCGAACUUGUUUGCUCGAGACGAAAUUGACGAGAUGUUCAGUGACCUCAUACCAGUCAUGAAAAGAGAGUUUCCUCGGCGACCACCGACCAAUGACAUUCUCCAUGACUACUUUAUGAGCAGGGUCAGACAGAACCUACAUGUGGUUCUCUGCUUCUCUCCUGUUGGGGAAAAGUUCCGGAACAGAGCCCUGAAGUUCCCUGCCCUCAUCUCCGGCUGCACCAUGGACUGGUUCAGCCGCUGGCCCAAAGAUGCUCUGAUCGCAGUGUCAGAGCACUUCCUGUCCACCUAUGACAUCGACUGUUCGACCGUGGUGAAGGGGGAGGUGGUGCAGUGUAUGGGCUCCUUCCAGGACGGCGUGGCAGAGAAGUGUGUGGAUUACUUCCAGAGGUACCGCCGCGCCACGCACGUCACUCCCAAGUCCUACCUCUCCUUCAUCCAGGGAUACAAGACCAUCUAUAAGGAGAAGCACUCCGAGGUGCAGACGCUGGCACACAGAAUGAACACAGGUCUUCAGAAGCUGAAGGAGGCCUCUGUGUCUGUAGCAUUACUCAGCAACGAGCUGGAGGUCAAAGAGAAGGAGCUGCAAAUCGCCAACGAGAAGGCAGACAUGGUGUUGAAGGUGGUGACAGUGAAGGCCCAAGCAGCAGAGAAGGUCAAGGUGGAGGUCCAGAAGGUCAAGGAUAAAGCUCAAGCCAUAGUGGACAGCAUCUCUGCUGACAAGGCCUUCGCUGAGGAGAAGCUGGAGGCUGCCAAGCCAGCCCUGGAGGAGGCUGAGGGUGCACUACAGACCAUCAAGCCGUCAGACAUUGCCACGGUGCGGACCCUGGGUCGGCCUCCCCACCUCAUCAUGAGGAUCAUGGACUGUGUUCUGCUGCUGUUCCAGAGGAGGGUGAACACGGUGAAGAUCGACCCGGAGAAGAACUGCACCAUGCCCUCCUGGCAGGAGUCCCUCAAACUCAUGACUGCUGGGAACUUCCUGGGCAGUCUGCAGCAAUUCCCCAAAGACAGUAUCAAUGAGGAGAUGGUGGAGCUACUGCUGCCCUACUUCGACAUGCCAGACUACACCCUGGAGACGGCCAAGCGCGUGUGUGGAAACGUGGCUGGUCUGGCCUCCUGGACCAAAGCCAUGGCCUCCUUCUUCUCCAUCAACAAGGAGGUGCUCCCGUUAAAGGCUAACCUGGCAGUGCAGCAGAACCGGCUGGCCAUAGCCAACAUAGACCUGCAGGCGGCCCAGGCAGAGCUGAAUGACAAGCAGGCAGAGCUGGAUGUGGUCCAAGCAGAGUAUGAGAAGGCCAUGAUGGAGAAACAGACUCUGUUGGAGGAUGCUGAACGCUGCAGACACAAGAUGCAGACGGCCUCUAGCCUCAUCAGUGGUCUGGCUGGAGAGAAGGAGCGCUGGACAGAGCAGAGCAAAGGGUUUGCCGCCCAGACCAAGCGCCUUGUAGGUGACGUCUUAUUGGCCACAGCCUUUCUGUCCUACUCCGGCCCCUUCAACCAGGAGUUCCGGAACCUUCUCCUGACCGACUGGCAGAGGGAGAUGAAGACCAGACACAUCCAGUUCGGGAACAACCUCAACCUGACCGAGAUGCUGAUCGACGCACCUACGGUCAGCGAGUGGAACCUUCAGGGCCUGCCCAACGAUGACCUAUCCAUCCAGAACGGGAUCAUCAUCACCAAGGCCUCACGCUUCCCUCUCCUCAUAGACCCUCAGACCCAGGGCAAGAUCUGGAUAAAAAAGAAAGAAUCCAGGAAUGAGCUGCAGAUCACCUCCCUGAACCACAAGUACUUCAGGAACCACCUGGAGGACAGCCUGUCUCUAGGGCGCCCCCUACUGAUCGAGGACGUAGGGGAGGAGCUGGACCCUGCACUGGACAACAUACUGGAGAAAAACUUCAUUAAGACGGGCUCCACUUAUAAGGUGAAAGUGGGAGACAAGGAGGUAGAUGUGAUGAGGGGGUUCCGUCUUUAUGUGACCACUAAGCUCCCCAACCCUGCGUACACCCCAGAGAUCAGCGCCCGCACCUCCAUCAUAGACUUCACUGUCACCAUGAGGGGUCUGGAGGACCAGCUGCUGGGACGGGUCAUCCUCACUGAGAAACAGGAGUUGGAGAAGGAGCGCACAGACCUGCUGGAAGAUGUAACAGCCAACAAGAGGAAGAUGAAAGAGCUGGAGGACAACCUGCUGUAUCGUCUGACCUCUACCCAGGGUUCCCUGGUGGACGACGAGAGCCUCAUUAUCGUCCUGGGCAACACCAAGCGCACCGCCGAGGACGUCAUACAGAAACUACAGAUCUCAGCCGAGACCGAGAUCCAGAUCAACACCGCUAGAGAGGAGUACAGACCUGUGGCCACCAGAGGCAGCAUCCUGUACUUCCUCAUCACUGAGAUGUCCAUGGUUAACGUCAUGUACCAAACGUCACUACGACAGUUCUUGGGAAUCUUUGACCUUUCUCUGGCCAGAUCAACCAAAAGUGAAAUUACCAGCAAGCGAAUAGCGAACAUCAUUGAGCACAUGACCUUUGAGGUACACAAGUAUGCAGCCAGGGGUCUGUAUGAGGAGCACAAAUUCCUGUUUACCCUCCUGCUGACGCUGAAGAUCGACAUGCAGAGUAACCGCGUGAAACACGCCGAGUUCCUCACCCUCAUUAAAGGAGGUGCCUCUCUGGAUCUGAAGGCUUGCCCCCAUAAGCCUGCCAAGUGGAUCUUAGACAUGACUUGGCUCAAUCUGGUGGAGCUCAGUAAACUGUGGCAGUUCUCGAAUAUCCUUAAUCAGAUCUGUUGUAAUGAGAAGCAGUGGAAGGCAUGGUUUGAUAAGGAGACCCCUGAGGAGGAGGUGAUCCCUAAUGCCUAUGACCAGAACCUGGACUGUUUCCACCGCCUGCUGCUCAUACGCUCCUGGUGCCCAGACAGGACCAUCGCACAGGCCCGUAAGUACAUCAUGGACUCGAUGGGGGAGAAGUAUGCAGAGGGAGGGAUCCUGAACCUAGAGAAGACGUGGGAGGAGUCAGACUCCCGGACCCCGCUCAUCUGCUUCCUGUCCAUGGGCUCAGACCCCACCGACUCCAUCAUCGUCCUGGGGAAGAGGCUAAAGAUAGAGACGCGCUAUGUCUCCAUGGGCCAGGGACAGGAGGUCCACGCACGCAAGCUGCUCCAGCAGACCAUGGCCAACGGUGGCUGGGCCUUGCUCCAGAACUGCCACCUGGGCCUGGACUUCAUGGAUGAGCUGAUGGAUACUGUGACAGAGACAGAUGCCGUCCAUGAGACCUUCCGCCUGUGGAUUACUACAGAGGUCCAUAAACACUUCCCCAUCACACUGCUGCAGAUGUCCAACAAGUUCACUAAUGAGCCUCCACAGGGACUGAAGGCAGGGCUGAAGAGGACUUAUGGCGGCAUUAACCAGGACCUGCUGGAUGUCAGUAACAUGGUCCAGUGGAGGCCCAUGCUGUAUGGGGUGGCGUUCCUCCACUCUACAGUCCAGGAGAGGCGUAAAUACGGCCCCCUGGGCUGGAACAUUCCCUACGAGUUCAACCAGGCUGACUUCAACGCCACCGUGCAGUUUGUUCAGAACCACCUGGACGACAUGGACAUCAAGAAGGGUGUAUCCUGGAAUACAGUGCGCUACAUGAUCGGAGAGAUCCAGUAUGGCGGUAGGGUGACAGACGACUAUGACAAGCGUCUGCUCAACACCUUCGCCAAGGUCUGGUUCAGUGAAAACAUGUUUGGACCUGACUUCUAUUUCUACAAAGGCUACAGCAUUCCCAAGUGUACCAACGUGGACCAAUAUCUGACAUACAUUCAGGACCUACCGGCUUACGACACACCAGAGGUGUUUGGCCUGCACCCCAAUGCUGACAUAACGUAUCAGAGCAAGCUGGCCAAAGACGUCCUGGACACCAUCCUGUCCAUUCAGCCUAAGGACAGCUCCAGUGGCGGAGGGGAGACCAGGGAGGCCAUUGUGGCCAGGCUGGCUGACGACAUGCUGGAGAAACUACCUUCAGACUACGUACCGUUUGAAGUGAGAGAGAGGCUACAGACGAUGGGUCUGCUCCAGCCCAUGAACAUCUUCCUGCGUCAGGAGAUAGACCGCAUGCAGAGGGUCAUCGUGCUGGUCAGGAACACGCUGACCGACCUCAAACUGGCCAUCGACGGCACCAUCAUCAUGAGUGAGAACCUACGGGACGCGCUGGACUGCAUGUAUGACGCACGCAUCCCCUCACGUUGGAAGAAGGCGUCAUGGGCCUCCAGCACUCUAGGGUUCUGGUUUACUGAGUUGCUGGAUAGGAACCGGCAGUUCCAGGCGUGGAUCUUUGAAGGACGGCCCAACUGUUUCUGGAUGACAGGGUUCUUUAACCCACAGGGCUUCCUGACCGCCAUGAGACAGGAGAUCACUCGUGCAAACAAGGGCUGGGCCCUAGAUCGUAUGGUGCUGUGCAACGAGGUGACCAAGUGGAUGAAGGAUGACAUCACUCAGCCACCCUCUGAGGGGGUGUAUGUGUACGGCCUCUAUCUGGAGGGGGCGGGCUGGGACAGGAGGAACUGCAAACUCAUCGACUCUAAACCCAAAGUGUUGUUUGAGAUGAUGCCUGUAGUCAGGAUGUAUGCUGAAAACAAUGGUGUCAAGGAUGCCCGGUUAUACUCCUGUCCCAUAUAUAAGAAGCCUGUAAGGAUGGACCUGAAUUACAUUGCUGCUGUGGAACUGAGGACUGGUGCACCGCCUGAGUACUGGAUACUACGUGGUGUGGCACUGCUGUGUGAAGUCAAAUAACCCACUUCUAUAUUGUAUAAUAUGCCUAAAUCUUAAAGUGGAGUGUUUCAGUGGUUAAAGGGGCAAUCUGCAGUUCAAACAACAACAAAGUUGCCACCCCAUCAUUGUUUUGUUAAACAGCUGAUGGAUGUGGCUGGAGAAAUGGAACCUUUAAGGAUUAAAUGAGGGAAGUGGCUUCAUUUAGAUUAUAGUGGUAAGCUUCCGUAAUAACAAAGUUGCACCUAUCACUGGGUUGCAGGAAUAAUAGAAAAGUAAAGUCUAUACUCCCAAUUA